AAAACAUGAUACAAAUGAACUUAUUUACAAAACAGAAACAGACUCACAGACUAGAAAACAAAUUUAUGGUUACAAAGGGGAAGGUGGAGGGGAGGGGUAAAUUAGGAGUUUGGGAUUAACCUAUACACACUACUAUAUAUAAAAUAGAUAACCAACAUGGACCUACUAUAUAGCACAGGGAACUCUACUCAAUAUUCUGUAAUUAUGGGAAAAAGAAUCUGAAAAAGAAUGGAUAUAUGUAUAUGUAUAACUGAGUCACUUUGCUGUACACCUGAAACUAACACAACAUUGUAACUCAACUAUACUCCAAUAUAAAAUAAAAAUUAAAUAAUAAAAAAAAAAGACUCAGCUCAAAGGCCAUCUCUUCUAGGAGGUCUUGCUUGACCAACUCUACACCACAGGAAGAGAUUUCUGGUGCCUCUGAACCACCACAGUUCUUUGCCCUCAAUAACAACCUUGUCUAGCAUCCAAUUCAUAUUAAGGUGAUUUAUGACGUUAUAUCUUUUCUAAUAGCCUCGAGGUCCAUAAGGGCAGGGUCCAGUAUUUGAUUGAUUGAGUCUGUCUUUUGUUCAGUAGUAUUUUAUUAUUGAUCAUUUUUCUCUCUGCAGAUCACCGAGACAGGGCUUGAGAAAAACCAAACUAAAUGUCUUCCCUGCCCUCAGGGAGCCCAUUGUCAAUGGCCUGUGUGUGUCAAACCGCAGUUAUUCCAGGAGCAGGACAUCACAUUUCUACAGCACCCCAAACUGUCUGCCUUGUCGGAGUGACUGUCAUACUGUAUGCCAAAACUUGUAUGGCUGAACAAGCAGUCUUCUUAGGAGGUAGUCAGCCUAACGAUCUAGGCUGCCAUUUCUGGAGCUAAAUUAAGAGCCAUCCAUGGCAGUCUGAUCCAGUGUGAACUCCUGAUGGUCAGCUCAUUGUCUUGGUCAGCUGUGUUGUCAGAACCUUGGUUGGACCCAGACACAUGGAAAGUACAUGGUAAUAUCUAAAUUGGAUGGGCCUGGACAAGACAGAAUGUGGUAACGACUAAUCUAGUUGAGGUGGAGGAGGUCAUGGGAAGCAUGGAGGACAGAAACACCAUGCUAACUGAAGUCUGGAGUCUGUAUGUCUAGAACUUUCUCCAACACCAAUCUUAGUUUUAUUUCAUUUUCCCUCUUUCCAAACGUUUUGAAUGUUUCCACCUUUUUCGUUUUUAGAUCUCCGUCAGGGUCUCCUUGUACAAUUCUCCUUGGCACUUCUAUGUGUCCACAUGUCUCCCCUCCAUCUCUGCUGCUUUUUCUCAGUAUUUCAGAGUCCAGAUUGCAUCUAGGUACAGCUCUCUCUGUGUUACAGCUCCCUAAUUUCCCACGUGCCAUUCUCCCUUGUGCUGUCUCUUUCUUGAGCUCUCUGUCUCUGUGUGUGACUAUGUCUCUGGUCUGGGUGGGGAAUGUGGACUCUGACCCAAUAUCGUGCUUUUGCAACUGGGAGUCUGCCAAACCCUAAAACAGGUUUGAGCUCCCAGAGUCUUGUUUCCUGAGUCUCCCCAGGGACAGAGUGUACUCGGGACUGAUUGACUAGGACACCACCCUCCCCCCACCCCGGCCUGACACACGACCUCUCUGUGGUUGUUUAAGGCCAAGUUUUUGGUCAUUAGGGUCUGUGUCUUAAGACAUCGAGGGCCAUGUCUCUGCUUAUCCCAGGGCUGCAGAGGAGGGAGCUAUUUGCUGGUGAAGUAGGAGGAAAAAGAGCCCCCUAUUCCCCAGACAUGGAUUGGAAGCAAAGACAAAUCACAGCCCUUCUGGGGCCCUGGGGACUUACCUGUAGUUCUGGCUCAGCUCACCAUCAGUAUUAUUUUCCUAGGACUGCUGUAACAAAUUAACACAAACUGGGCGGCGUAAAACAACAGAGAUUUAUUCUUUCACAGUUCUGGAGGCUAGAAGUCUGAAAUUAAGGUGUUGGCAGGGCCCUGUUCCUUCUGAAGGCUCUAAGGCCUCUUCUAGCUUCUGGUGUCUCCAGGCAUUCUUUGGCUUGUGGCUGCAUAACUUCAGUCUCUGCUUCUGACUUCACAUGGCCUUCUUCUCUUGUCCUUAUGUCUUCUACUGGAUGUCUCUUAUAGGAACACUUAUCAUUGGAUUUAGGGCCCACCAGGAUAAUCCAGGAUGAUCUUAAGAUUCUUAACUACAUCUGCAAAGACCCUUUUUCCAAAUAAGGUCACAUUCACAGGUUCUAGGGGUUAGGACAUGGACACAUCCUUAUGGGGGCUACCAUUUAGCCCACUACACCAUCAGCCAUUUUGGAACUGAAGUGGAUACACGGGAUGAGAAGGAAUGAGAUUGUGCUGGGGACCCUCAUGGCUUCUGCCCAUAUCCCUCUUCAUGUCCUUUGUAGGCAGUUUCAUCUACUCCCAUGGCUUCUAUACUUGAUGACAGCCAAGUAUCCCCAGGUUGGACUCUCCCCCAUGUCAGAUCUAUAACCACCUGCCAAAUGGAUAUCCCCACUUGGAUGUCCCACAAGUAUCUCAAAUUCAACAGGCCUCUAGCCGAAUUCAUUUGUCCCCAAAACCUCUUCUUCCAUACUCCACCAAGUGGUCUAAGCCAGAAACCUGGUGCCAUCUUUCAUCUUUUCCUUCACGUCUGACAUUAAGUCAACAAGCGCUAUGGAUUCUACCUUCUAAACUUUUCAUCCUCAUUUUUUUUUUUUUUUUUUUUUUUUUGCCGUACGUGGGCCUCUCACUGUUGUGGCCUCUCCCGUUGCGGAGCACAGGCUCCAGACGCGCAGGCCCAGCGGCCAUGGCUCACGGGCUCAGCCGCUCCGCGGCAUGUGGGAUCCUCCCGGACCGGGGCACGAACCUGUGUCCCCUGCAUCGGCAGGCGGACUCUCAACCACUGCGCCACCAGGGAAGCCCCAUCCUCAUUUUUCAUCCUAGUCCACACUUCCAUCACCUCUUACCUGGGUAACUGCACCAGCCUCCUAAUAAUGGGUCUUGCUGAGUCCAGCUAGCCAGAGUGAUCUCUCUAAAAUGCACAUAUAAUCUCACUCCCUAUUUAAGACCUUUGAAUGUUUCCCAUUGCCCUUAGGAUAAAGUCCAUAGUACUACUUGACAUGGCCUUCAGAGGGCUGCCACUGCCCUGUUCUCCUUGAUGGGUUUGCAACCUAGGUGGGUCUAGUCAGAGUGAAGCUCUCUGUCUCAAGUAUUUGAUAACUGAGGGAACUCACUUUCACUUUGUCCAGACAUGGAUAAGGAAACACACAGCCUCUGGAACUGUGGGCAGCCACCUUGUAACCCCAGUGGAAGCCAGCCUGAAGUUGAUCAAACCAAGGAAGGCAGAGUGGAAUGGUAGAAAGCAGUCCUUGGUGAUUUGACUGAGCUGCUGGAUUAAGCUAACCCAAGUUCCCCCCACCACCCUGUAUCUGGACUUUUCAGUUGCAUGAGCCAAUAAAUUAUCUUAUUGUUUAGCCACUUUGAUUUACGAUUACUUGUGACACAGUCUUACUGAUAUAAAUUCCCUCUAUGGUUUGGCCUGUGUCUACCUCUCCAGUCUCCUUUCUCAUCAUACUUUCCUUUGCAAUCUGUGCUCUAGUCUUACUAAACUUCUAGCAGUUCCUUGAAUGCAUUGCAUGUGCAUGUGUGUUUUAUCUCCAAGCCUUUGUCCAUGCUAUUUGUCUCUCUGUCCACCGUACCCACAUUGCCAGCCCUGCCUAGCCAGGUUUUGUUUUGUUUAUCCUGGCAUCCUUCAGUUCACAUGUCACUUCCUCCGAGAAGCCUCCCUGACUCCUAGGCUAGGGUCAGUCCCUUCACUCCUGCAUGCAUAGAAGCCUGUAUUUCCUUUGUAACGUGUAUUUCACUUUAUGGUGACUCCUUACCAUGUGUGUCAUGCUGGAUUAAAAGAAUUCAUAAGGGCAGGGGUCACAUUUCUCUUGUCCCCCAUUUCAUCUCCAUGCCUAGCAUAAGACCUGGUGCAUGAGAGGCAUUUAAUUUUUGUAGAAUGACUGGUAAUUAUUGUUCAAAGCAUCCCUAGGGCUUCUCCAGCAGCCAGUGAGUUGAAAGCAGAGGUUGAGGGUAAUUAAAGGACAGAGAAAAAAAAAAUUUUUUUUGGCCGAGCUAUGGGCAUUGCGGGAUCUUAGUUCCCUGACCAGGGAUUGAACCUGGGCCCCCAGGAGUGAAAGCGCUGAGUCCUAACCACUGGACUGCCAGGGAAUUCCACCCACCAAAAUUUUUUUAUUUUUAUUUUUUAAAUUUAUUUUUUUAAAUUUAUUUAUUUAUUUAUGGCUGCGUUGGGUCUUUGCUGCUGCGCGCGGGCUUUCUCUAAUUGCAUUGAGUGGGGAGCUACUCUUCGCUGCGAUACGAGGGCUUCUUAUUGCGGUGGCUUCUUUUGUUGUGGAGCACGGGCUUUAGGUGCGCGGGCUUCAGUAGUUGUGGCUCAGGGGCUCUAGAGCGCAGGCUCAGUAGUUGUGGCACAUGGGCUUAGUUGCUCUGCGGCAUGUGGGAUCUUCCCAGACCAGGGCUCGAACCCAUGUCCCCUGCAUUGGCAGGCGGAUUCUUAACCGUCUUCCCUGGCCCCUCUUUCCUUUGGCUUUAGGAGAGAGCUGCGGGCAGAGUAUGGUGUGCCUGACUUGCUCUGUGGGACACUUGGUCCCCAGGGAAUCAGUUGUCUCCAAGUGUCCUCACUGUGUCUUGCUCAGCUUUGCCCUCUUCUUCCUCAAAAGGUGAGUGAUUUCCCAACCUGAGCUCACAGCAGGCUCUAUUCCCCUCUCCUCUUCCAUCCACCUAAAGCACAUUCGCACACUGGCAGGAUACCCAAACACACCCAUCACUGACUGCGCCCUGGGAGUGUGCUCUGUUCCCAUUACCUGGGCUCAUGGUGAUACCAAUUAUCAUGAGAUUAUCUGCCCCCUUCCACCCUUGAGCUCUUAGUGUGGACUGUCCCACAUUCACCUGAGACAGUGUAACCAGUCCUCCACCUAUGUGGCAUCACCAGUUCCCCUGUGACCUGUCCAAGGUACAGUCUGACCCAAACCUCUCUCUUGCCUCCAUCGAGCCCUUCAAGUUUUUCCCUAGUCUAAGUCCAGCAUUUCUCCUUCCUCAGAAUACUUAGAAUGUCAGAGAGCUAGAGGCGACCUCAGAAUCCUGACAAUACCCUGGUUCUUGGCUUUGGGCCCAGAUUCUUAGGAAUCCUCAGUGGUAGGAAUAGGGUCUAAAGUUUCUAACAUUUUGCUUUUUAAUAGCAUUUUUUUCUAAUUACAAAGUAAUGCAUGCAUGCUCAAGCAGAAAACUUGGGAAAAGCAGAAAAGUAUAAGGGAAUUUAAAAAAUCACCCUAUUUAUCCCAUUCACCCCCUCAGUGGUCCAGUGCCUGGAACAGAUUCGGUGCUUAAUAAAUAUUUGUUGAAUGAAUUAUCUUUGAUCCCAUCACCCAGAGAUAAAAGCCACAAUCACCUUUUGAUUGUUUAUCCUUCCAGUCAUAGAUAUGUUAUACUACCUAAAUAAGAUCAUAUUGUACACAGUUUUAUGGCCUGCUUUUUUUCUCUUGGCAAUAUACUAUGUGUUUUCCCAUAUUGAUAGCUUUUUUACAUCAUUAAUGCUUUCAUAUUAUUCUUCAAAUGGCUCUACCAUAAUUUUCCCAGCCAAUUCUCUACCAUUGGGCAUUUAAGUGAUUUCCAGUUUUCUGUUGUUACAACAUCUUGCCACCCAUCCUAGUACAUAUGUUUUUGUCCACAUAUCUAUUUUUUAGGAUGCAUUCCUAGAAGUGGAAUUGCUGGGUUAGAAGAGUAGGCACAUUUUAAGAUAUCUCAUGCAUACUGACAAAAUGGCACUGCUAAUUUACCCUCCAGGGCUAUUGCCAGGUUUCAAAAAGACAUAACUAAGUAAAGAAAAUCUGGUACAUUUUAUCUCUGACUAGGUAACACAGACUCAUCAACUCUAGGCUUUUGGCCAGAAUUACAGCAAUUCCGACCCACCAUGUUAGUUAUUGACCCUUGCUGACCAGAAGCUAACUGGCUAUCAGGUUUUGGAUCAGUAUGGAAAGAGAAAGCGAGUUAGUGACUUAAAACCUAUCAACUUUUCCGGGGGCCAAAAUAUUCAAAACCUGGUGACCCGUGAGGAUUCCUAGCAAAGAAAGCACUAGGGACAACUGGCCCCCGGUGUUUGGCAUGGGCCCAGGACAGAAUCUUAAUUCUACAGGUGGGACACUGCGACUCUGCCAGUGUCUAAACCCCCAACUCUCCUGACUCAAAGUCCACGCUAAACUCCACGCUGCUGCCCCAACUUAGUGCUGCUCAAAGGAGGGCCACCCACUUGCCCCAACCUGCCCUGCCCCGGAAGGGGCCGCACACCGGCAGCACCGCCCCGGCGGUGACUUGAUGCGGUUCAGCUGGCAGCUGCGCAUGCUCUGUCCUGCGCGCAGCUUCCAGGCGCCAGAGGGCGCGCUCCCCUCCAAGGCCCCGCCCCCACGGCCCCGCCCUCGGAGCCGUUGGGAUUUGAAUCUCCGGCGGGCUGCGGCUGAAAGUGCCGACCCCUCAGUCCGGCAUGGAGAGCCCGGGCCCCAGCGCACGGUGCCCGGUGCAAGAGCAGCGUGCCCGUUGGGAGCGGAAACGCGCCUGCACUGCCCGGGAGCUGCUGGAGACCGAGCGGCGCUACCAGGAACAGCUGGGGCUGGUGGCCACGUACUUCGUGGGGAUUCUGAGAGCCAAGGGCACCCUGCGACCACCAGAGCGCCAGGCCCUGUUUGGGCCCUGGGAGCUCAUUUACGGCGCCAGCCAAGAGCUGCUUCCCUACCUCGAAGGAGGGCGCUGGGGACAGGGGCUGGAGGGCUUCUGCCCCCACCUGGAGCUCUACACCCAAUUUGCUGCCAACGCUGAGAGGUCCCGGACCACCCUGCAGGAGCAAUUAAAGAAGAACAAACGUUUCCGGAGGUUUGUGCGACUUCAGGAAGGUCGCCCUGAGUUUGGAGGCCUUCAGCUCCAGGACCUGCUCCCUUUGCCUCUGCAGAGGCUCCAGCAGUAUGAGAAUCUUGCCAUUGCUUUGGCUGAAAACACAGGUCCCAACAGCCCUGACCAUGAACAGCUCACAAGGGCUGCCCGGCGGAUAAGUGACACUGCCCAGAGAGUCCACACCAUCAGUCAGAAACAGAAGAAUGACCAGCACCUCCAGCGUGUCCAGGCUCUGCUUAGUGGACGGCAGGCAAAGGGGCUUAUCUCAGGUCGCUGGUUCCUACGCCAGGGUUGGCUGCUGGUGGUGCCUCCCCGAGGGGAGCCUCGGCCCCGAAUGUUCUUCCUCUUCUCUGAUGCACUCCUCAUGGCCAAGCCUCGACCUCCACUGCAUCUGCUGCAGAGUGGCACCUUUGCUUGCCAGGCCCUCUACCCCAUGGCCGAGUGUCAACUCCACAGGGUCUUUGGCCACUCAGGAGGCCCCUGUGGUGGACUGCUCAGCCUGUCCUUUCCCCACGAGAAGCUACUGCUUAUGUCCACAGACCAGGAGGAGCUGUCGCACUGGUACCACAGUCUGACUUUGGCCAGCAGCAGCCAGAAGAACAAGAGGAAUCUUACAAAUUCGAGUCCAGGAUACCUCAGGGAUAGAUCAGAGUCGGGAGUACAAAGGAAUCUUCUUCAGUACUAACAAAACACAGACUCUUCACGGUUUGAGAAGGGUCAUUCUGUGUUUGCGUGAGACCAAGACACGCCAUGUCAUUUGACCAGCUCUUAAGAAUCAGGACACCAAACCUGACCCAACUGAACCUCAGCUGAACCAGCUAUUUUUAUGUUGUAUGUAGUUUCUAUAAUUUAUUUUCCCACAGGAUUUUAGUAAAGUUUUUUCUUUUUUGGAGAAGCCUUUUUAUCUCAGCUAUGCAAUAUGAGAAAAGGCGUUUUUGUGCCCUGAAGGCUGGCAUGAUGGUGGCCUCAGGAAUACAAAGAGAAGGACUGGAGCUCCCUCUGUCUUCUCAGCUCCUGCACUGGAAGACAGCCUCUUUAUGUCCUAAUAAGGGAAGCUUUUCAAGAAGGCCCGGUUGUUUUUAGGCACCUAGUAUGGGUGAGUGAGUGAGUGAGUGAGUGAGUGAGUGAGUGAG